UGGGUUAUUUUUCACAGCUUCACCCUUCAGCUUGUGGACCGUCAGAUAGCUGCUAGUUAGUUAAUAAGUUAGCGUUGGCUGAACACUGAAGUGACAAAGACCUGGUUCUGGUUUCGAAAAUGGGGGCUUGUAUGGCGUUAUGUUCACUGGCAAGCUGUGCAUCAUGUUUGUGUGGCUCAGCCCCAUGUAUUCUCUGUGGGUGCUGUCCAUCAUCCAACAACUCUACAGUCACGCGGCUGAUCUUCUCCUUCUUCCUGUUGCUGGGCACGCUCGUGUCUAUAAUUAUGAUACUUCCUGGCAUGGAGACUCAGCUUCGUAAGAUUCCUGGUUUCUGUCAAGGUGGGAGUACUAUACCAGGGCUCGAGAACCAGUUUAACUGUGAUGUGAUUGUGGGCUACAAAUCCGUGUACCGCAUGUGCUUUGCCAUGGCUUGUUUCUUCUUCUUCUUUGCUGCCAUCAUGAUUCGUGUACGGAACAGCAAAGAUCCUCGGGCUGCUAUUCAGAACGGAUUCUGGUUCUUCAAGUUUCUAAUCUUGGUGGGGAUCACUGUUGGAGCCUUCUUUAUUCCUGAUGGAACAUUUCAUAAUGUGUGGUUCUACUUUGGCAUUGUGGGCUCCUUCAUGUUCAUCCUGAUCCAGCUGAUCCUGCUGAUUGACUUUGCCCACUCGUGGAAUGAGGUGUGGGUAAGGAACGCCGAGGAGGGCAACAGCAAAGGCUGGUAUUUCGGCCUCUUAUUCUUUACCAUCCUGCACUAUGCCCUGGCUUUUGCUGCUGUGGUGCUUUUCUAUCUGUACUACACCAAACCUGACGGCUGCACCGAGCACAAGGUCUUCAUCAGCCUGAACCUCAUCUUCUGUAUCAUCGUCUCUGUGGUGUCCAUUUUGCCCAAAGUACAGGAUGCCUCUCCACAAUCUGGUCUGCUCCAGUCAUCGCUCAUCAGUUUGUACACCAUGUACGUCACCUGGUCUGCCAUGACCAACAACCCUAAUCGGGAGUGUAACCCCAGCCUGUUGAGCCUGGUGUCCAAUGUGAGCAUCAGCACUACACAGCCCACACCAACCAGUGCCCCGGGCAUCGUGCAGUGGUGGGACGCUCAGGGCAUAGUGGGGCUCGUCAUCUUCCUCUUUUGCACUUUUUAUGCCAGUAUCCGCUCAUCCAGUAAUGCUCAGGUGAACAGGCUGAUGCAAACAGAGGAGGGUCGCGGCUCAGAUGUGGAGGGACCGGUGGGAGAGGAUGGCCUGCGGCGAGUGGUGGAUAACGAGGAGGAUGGCGUCACCUAUAGUUACUCAUUCUUUCACUUUCACCUCUUCCUGGCCUCACUCUACAUCAUGAUGACCCUCACCAACUGGUACAAGCCUGACACUACCACCCAGGCCAUGCAGAGCAGCAUGCCUGCAGUGUGGGUGAAGAUCUGCUCCAGCUGGUUGGGACUGGCUCUGUACCUUUGGACUCUUCUGGCCCCAGUCCUCCUCCCCAACCGAGAUUUCAGCUGAGCCAUGUUUCUUCCUUACAUUGGGGGUGUGUGUGUGCAUGUAUAUCAUAGUGGAGCGUGCUACUUCUCUUCUUAAUGUUGUGGAGUUGUAGCCGUCAACACAGAGAGUGUAUAUACUUAUAGGAUAAAUGGUUGAAGUAUGUGUUCUUCAUAUAUCUGUGUCCCAACAGGUCUUCUCUAACUUGGUUUCAGAUUUCAUUAGGAUUGUAAGUGCAUUUCAUGAAGUCUCUCUCCUGGUGAACUUGUUUCCCGUCAUGAAAAUAGCCAUAGUAGCUGGCAUGGUGUUAAAUUACAAACAAACAAAACUCUUUACUGGUGCAAUUUUAUGCUCGUAUCUUUAUAUUCUUGUUACUUGUAUUCUUAAAGGGACAACUCAAACCCCCUCCUGAGACAAAAGGUGAUGGUGCGGUACUGUUCAACAGUCCAUUUCCUUUAGUGAUCUAGCCACGAAUAUGAGUCUGCAUGUUACUGCUGCUACAAACCUUCUCUACCUAAAGUGAAAACAGUCUUUACUGGAGGCUCAUUUCUCUGUCGGGGUUGAAUAUUUCACAUUAGUCAAGCACUUUGUCCUGAAGCAGUUUCAGCAUGGAUGAGAACAUGUGAUACAGAACUUGCUGAUGGCCAUGGGGCUGUCAGAAGGGGUUGUUUAUUUCCGGCCCUUACUGGAGCCCCAUGGAGGCAGUGUGUGGGAGAGAUAAGCACACCCUACACUAUUGCAACACAUACUGCAUCACACUUGCUCAGAACUGUAAUAUUAAACACUGAUCUGUAUUACAAACAUGGUGGUGAUAGUGGUGCUUUUUCACCCUGUGUUGCAGUAGAUCUUGGACAGAUAAUCCAACAUGCAAACAAAAACUGUGCUAUAGAGUGUCACGCAAUAACUCAUACAUUAUAUCAGUGCUGGUAGGCCAUGUUUGUAGUGGACUGUAGUGGUAAAGUUUCAUUUCUAAAGGUUAACUAUGUAAAACUAUGCAUGCACUAAAACAUUUCACUUCUAAAUCCAAGGUUUCAUUGUUGACGGCAACUAAACAAGAUGCUCUGAUCUUUUAUCCUAGAAGUUUGGUACUACAAUGCAUAGAUUUGCUGAGCAGUCACUUUUUUUUAAUUCAUUUCUUCUUGUUUGCUUUUGAUAUUGUGAAAUAGGUGUGUGGAUAUAUGAUUUUUGUUAAGUGUUUUUGUUAAACAUUUCCUGUUCAAAUUUCAUGUAAUUUUUUAUCAUUACUUAUGGAAAGGCCUUCCUCUUUUUUUUUUAAACAUAUUUUGCACUGUAUGUACACUGUUUUUCGUUCAAGUACAUAUUGGUGGUUGAAAGUGAUGGCACUUUUUAGAUUUAAAUAUUGUAGAUUUUGAAUCCUAUUGUCCAGUGACUGAAGGUUUCUUGUCAUGAAUCUGUGGAGUAUCCUAUGAACUCGAUUUAACUUCAGAGUGUUCUGGGUGUUUUUUUUUCUUUUUCUUUACAUAAGUAUUGUAAAUGGUGAGAUGUAUUGAUGCAUUCAGAACCGUCCUCAUGGUCACAUUGGAAAGAAUGCAAUAUUAAUAAAUAAGCAUGUAAAUGCAUCUGGUAUAUUUUGCCCAGAGUAGCCAGUUAACACAAGCAUCCUAGUGCACUCAUGGUAUUUAUUUAGAAGCAACCUGCAAGGUUUUCAGUGGUGUCGAAACACUAAAAGUGCCUUAAUUGAUAACCUGGCUUAUCAACAACGUCCAGGCCUGGACCCAGACCUGAAGACACAAGUGCCUUGCUUGAUUUAUACCAUCCAAAAGGAACAGUUAUGGCAUUGCACAUUGUUCAAACAUAGUGAUUUAUUGUAGUUUGAUCUGCAUGUGGCAAUUCUGAAUACUUCAAUAAAACCGCUCUACAGCUAA